AUGGUGCGGCGGCCCGGCGUGCUGUGGGCAGUGGCGGCGCUGGCGCUGCUGGUCCGGCGGGCGGCGGCGCUGGCGGGGCCGGUGGUUCGCUGCGAGCCCUGCGACGCGCGGGCGCUGCAGCAGUGCAAGCCCCUGCAGCCCGACUGCGCCGAGCGGGUGCGGGAGCCGGGCUGCGGCUGUUGCCUCACCUGCGCCCUGCUGCCGGGACAGCCCUGCGGCAUCUACACCGAGCGCUGCGGCGCCGGCCUCAGCUGUCAGCCGCGCCGCGAGGAGGCGAGGCCGCUGCAGGCGCUUCUGGAAGGCCGCGGGCUCUGCACGAACACCUCGGCGGGCGGCAAGCUGCGAGCCUUCCUCUUGCCCGGACCGCACGCUGCGGGGAAUUCCAGUGAUUCUGAAGAAGACGACCAGAAUAGCAGCAGCAUCGAGGGUCAGGCCGUCCCCAACUCGCACAGGGUGCUGGACUCCAAAUCACAUCCACCCCACACCAAAAUAGACAUCAUCAGAAAAGUGCAAGCCAAAAACACACAGCGCUAUAAAGUGGAAUAUGACUCUCAGAGCACAGACACACUGAACUUCUCUUCUGAAUCCAAACAAGAGACUGAAUAUGGUCCCUGUCGCAGAGAAAUGGAAGACACUUUAAACCACCUAAAGAUCCUGAACGUCUUGAGUCCCAGGGGCUUUCAUAUUCCAAACUGUGACAAGAAGGGGUUCUACAAGAAAAAGCAAUGUCGUCCGUCCAAGGGCCGGAAGCGAGGCUACUGCUGGUGCGUGGAUAAGUAUGGCCAGCCGCUGCCUGGCUACGACGGCAAGGGCAAGGGAGACGUCCACUGCUACAACUUGGAAAGCAAAUGA